AUGGACGUUAGCAGAAGAAUGGCAGCACACGUGCAAGUGGUUGCCGCAGCCAUGUUGUUUCUGUUGCUAUGGAAAGUUGCGGCUGUGGCGUCUGUCUCCAUAAUGCAAUCAUUCUCAAAUACGAAUGGCCAAGACGACUGCAUGGCCAGAUUUCCCCGGGCAGCACUGGACGACUUGUUGACAGAUGGGUCCAGCCAGCAGAACAUCUUUGAACAUCUUCUCCCAAACAUUCUCAUCGAGCGGGUCCCGGGAACAGCUGGAAAUACUCUAGUGCGGGAGUUUAUCCAACAUGAGCUACGGAAACUGGGAUGGCUGGUUGAGGAGGACACGUUUAGGUCCCUCACACCCUUCGGAGGGGUGACCUUCAGCAACAUCAUCGCCACACUGUACCCUGCCGCAACCAAACGAGUGGUGAUUGCAUGUCACUACGACUCAAAGUAUAUGCCAGGGCGGCUGCGUUUUCUGGGAGCCAGCGACUCGGCAGUGCCUUGCUCCAUCAUGAUGGACACAGCCAGAUACCUCAGCGGCUUGACCAUGAGUGGACUCGACAUGCAGGCUCGGGAUGUCACACCCCAACUGAUCUUCUUUGACGGAGAGGAAGCCUUUGUGCAGUGGACCGCUUCAGACUCGCUGUACGGCUCCAGACACCUGGCCAGCCUGUGGGAGGCCACGCCAGACGCCAACGACCCUAGUGCCCCCAACAAUCUAGCCAACAUUAACUUUUUCAUCCUCAUGGACCUGAUCGGACCAUCCGACACACAGUUUGUCAACUACUACACAAACACGUCGCUCUACUUCCACCAGCUUGUCAGCAUAGAACAAUGUCUUCAAGCCAAUAACUUAAUGACUCGCCGGCACCCACGAACAAUAUUCAACCCGCACGGCAGAGCACAAUUUGUAGAAGACGACCAUGUCCCCUUCGUUAGGAGAGGUGUCCCAGUCCUACACUUAAUAUCCACCCCAUUCCCCAGGGUCUGGCACACAGUCUACGAUAACCUCCAGCACCUGGACGUCGGACUCAUCAGGGAUUUCUCUAGAAUAUUCCGCAUCUUCCUGUUGUCAGUGCUGUAA